AUGGAUGUCAUGGAAGAUUUGGCUGCUGAUGAAGAACAACACCAUGGUAACCAGGAGAUUCAAGAACGCGCCCAAGGGCAGCAUGGUUGUGUUAUCGCACCCUAUCCAGACUUGCAUGCCGGGAAACCUAUUUCUAACAAUCAUACUGCCAACGUGGCGUAUGGUGCACAUCUUUCCACUGAUGGCAACCAGGAGAAUACAUAUCACCCAUUUGCAUCUAAGAUGGAUUGGGAGGUCGCAAGAUGGGCAAAACUUCAUGGACUCAGUUCGACUGCUUUGUCUGACUUACUUGCUAUCAAGGGGGUCAGUGAACGCCUGUCGCUCUCUUUCAAGAACGUGAACGAGCUGAAUGCCAUUGUUGACCAUGAGCUUCUGACAGGCCGGCCAAAGUUCAAACGAGAGCAAAUCAUUGUUGCAGGAGAAGCCUUCAACGUCUAUUACCGCAACAUGAUUGAAUGCGUCAAGUCACUGUACAGUGAUCCCAAUUUUGCGAGAUACCUUGUGUUUGUGCCUGAGUGUCAUUAUGCCAAUGAGGAUGAGACUGUUCGUCUGUUUCACGAUAUGCAUACAGGAAAAUGGUGGUGGGAUACACAGAAAAAACUCGAUCAGCACAGCCCAGGCGGCACCAUAAUUUCAAUCAUCAUCUUGUCUGACAAAACUCAAGUAACCUUGUUCCGCAACAAAUCUGCUUACCCUGUCUAUCUCACCAUCGGCAACAUCCCAAAAGAAAUUCAACGCAAGCCAUCAAGCGGUGCCCAUAUACUUCUGGCAUAUUUGCCAUGCACACGCCUCGAUCAUAUUUCUAACAAAGCUUCACACCGCCGAAGUUUGGCAAAUUUGUACCAUGCUUGCUUGAGCCAUGUUCUCGCUCCCCUAAAAUCUAUUGGACUGGAUGGGAUUACUAUGGCGAGUGGGGAUGGCACUCUCCGCCGUUGCCACCUACUGUUUGCGAGCUUCGUCGGCGACUACCCAGAACAACUCCUCGCUACUGGGAUCAAGUUCGGAGAGUUGUUAGAUGCCCUCGCUACUCUCGAUGAAGGCAAUUUGUCCUUUGUUCGUGCUUGCUCAGCAGCAGGUGUCAAGCCUAUCAUUCAUCCUUUCUGGGAAGAUCUCCCAUUCGCAAAUGUUUUCCAUGCAAUCACACCAGAUGUGUUGCACCAGUUAUACCAAGGAUUAGUUAAACAUCUCUUAGGCUGGUUGACAGCUGCUUGUGGUGUGGCCGAAAUCGAUGCUCGUUGUCGGCGUCUUCCUCCCAACCAUCAUAUACAUCUGUUCACCAAGGGCAUCACUUGCCUGUCGUGUAUCAGUGGGACCGAACACUCACAAAUCUGCCACUUUCUUCUUGGUAUUGUAAUUGGUAUCCGAUUGCCCAACAAUCUUAACGCAAACCGACUUCUACAAGCCAUCCAAGGCCUACUUGAUUUUCUCUAUCUUGCACAAUAUCCAUGUCACAGUUCAGAGACCCUACAGCUAAUCGACGACGCACUCGGUCUUUUUCAUGAGAACAAGGAUAUUUUCAUUGAUCUCGGUAUCCGAAACAAUUUCAAUCUGCCGAAGCUGCAUGCGACUCACCACUACUCUUACAUGAUUAUGAUGUUGGGCACAACAGAUAAUUAUAAUACAGAGUAUACAGAAAGACUUCAUAUUGACUACGCAAAAGAUGCUUACCGUGCUACCAAUCACAAGGACGAGUUCGCGCAGAUGACACGGUGGCUUGAACGCAAAGAGAAAAUACUGCACCAUGACAAGUAUGUCAUCUGGCGACUUGCUGGUGAUACUAUGCCAAAACACCCUACUGCAAAAGCGGUCACUAUAGACAAAUUGGUUGACGACUACGGCGCUACCUUUUUCUGCGAGGCACUUGCUCGCUAUAUCACGCAGCUCAGGCAUGCCGAGGAUCCUAACCCCCUCCAUGAUCGAGCACUGGAAGUAUUUGCAUGCGACAUCCAUUUCCCAUUUCGAACACUUCCUGUUUUCCACAAGAUCAAGUGGGUCUCCGUCGAUGCUCGUGGUCACAGUGACACAACUGUCACAUUGGAUUCUGUUCACACAAGACCACAACGGAGAUCGGGUUCUGGUCUGCUGCCUCGUCGUUCAGACACAGUCCUGGUGAACCUUGGUGCCAAUACAGAAGCCAUUAGCGCAGGUAUACAAGCAUUCCGUGUUGGUCAAGUUCCUAGCCACCUGGCUUAUAUUGAAUGGUUCUUGCUGUUUCCGUUGGCUCCCGAUCGACACCAUGGCCUUUACAAGGUCUUGCGUUCCUUGCUUGGUGGCGCGAAAUUGGCAAGCAUUGUGCCAUUGUCGAAGAUCAUGCGGAGUGCCCAUCUUCUGCCGAAUUUCGGUGCCAUCGUCCCACGAGAGUGGUCGAGUGAUACAGUUCUAGAUGACUGUAACACUUUUUGGUUGAACUCGUAUCUAGAUCGAUACACUUUUUGUAUCUUCAAAUAA